AGUGGACCGGAAGUGUGUCGUAGCAGGCGUCGUUUUCAAAGCUUGUUAACGGUCGUUGUCUUGGUGCCGUGUUCCUAAACCCGUAAACACGACAAAGUCUAAUUAACGCAACCGUUUUUAUCAUAAUGGGUUCACCAUAACGGCUCUUCGUGCAGAUUUUACACCACCACCUUGACUUGAAACUGAAAAUAUUAUGGACAACCUGGAUUUCUCAGAGGAGGAAAUUCGAGAACAGCUGGCGAUCCUCGGCUACAAAAACAUACCAAGACACAGGCUGCGUGAAUUCAAGCGAGAUCUUGAUGAACUGAUUCGACAUGGAGAAUGGAAAACCCUUGCGUCAUCCACCGAGAUGAACGCCACCAAAACUCUUCCAGCCGCAUCUCGGCAGAGUCCUCCUGCUUACACCAAAGAAAAAGUUAGUCGUUCCUGUUUCAGAGGCUCUGGUGAGGGAUUUUUCUUACAUGCAGCCAACGCAGACCACGAGAGACAGGUGCUCACCACCUGUCAGAACACAGGCUAUGGAUGGCAGCAGGGACGCUGCGACUCGUACGCUCAACACUCGGUGGCUCCAAAGCUCCAGCUGCCUCCAGGGGCUCCCACCAGGCUGCAGGUGGAGUCCGACCCAGAGGACACCCUCCACCCGCCGCUCACAGACAGCUACACAUCCUCUCCGGACACCCAGGGGAGACGUUUCAUCAAGAGAAAAGUCCUCAGGAAACAUAAAGGACAGUCUCUUGUCUGUGAUGAAUCAAUCUACAGUGAAGAUUCAGAUGCAGCGAGCUGUCUGGAGGAGCGACUGGCCGAGCUUCGUCUGUCCACGUCCGCUCAGCGCGACGACUUGGAGACGGAGAACGACGACGAAACCAGUCAGACUGACGACACGCACAGCUCCGACGCCGACGGGAUCUCUCUGAGUGCUUUUGAAUCCUACAUCAGAGGCAUGACUCGGACUCGAAGUGACGGAGACCUCAGGCCCAAACCCAAAUCCUUUAUCAGACCGGUGAUGAGGCAGCACACCGUGAAGAAGUCUGACCCUGUGGCCAAGUAUUUCCAGUACAAGCAGCUCUGGGAAAUGUUCAAACUUCCAGGAGAGAAGGACAGGAGAGCGCUGCGCUGGGAGAUAAAGGAACGUCUUGCAUACCAGCCUCCACCGCCUAAACCUCGGAGAGUUUACGUACCGAAUACCUACACUGUGCCAACAGAGAAGAAACGCUCGGCGCUACGCUGGGAGAUCAGGAACGAUUUAGCAAAUGGCCUCCUUCCUCACAACUACAACUAUCGAUUUUAAGCCUUUCGGUCUCUGCAUGCCUUUUAGAUACUUUUAAUGAAACAUUGCAUUGUUUUUUUUAUCAUUAGCAUUAUUUAUUAAUUUUUUGUUGUUGAACAUAAUAAACACAUUAAGAAAACAA